GUCUUCAAUAGAAAACUAGAAGUAAACCAAGUAUAAGUUGAUGAAUUACGAAACUGGAAAAGAAAGUUUUUUAAAAAAAGAUGAUGUCAAUCAACUAUUCAAGAUGGUGAAGGCGAAGAACGUCAUUGGAGUUCAACUAAAAAGAACCAAACUUCUAGCACAGAUAUUGUGAAGACAGACAGAGCAAACAAUCGAAAUGACAUCCUCAGAAACCCUUCGAAUGAAUGAAUGGACACAGAAUCAAAGUUUACGAAGUUUUGACGAAUUUGUUCAGAAUGAAAUAUUAUGCCAAAGGAUGCACAAAUCUCCAUCAGCCAAUCGUCCUAUAUGUCAUCCUAUUAAUAUGGAACUAAUCAGACUAAAGUCUUUUCAUAAUUACCCGUGCUCUAAAUAUGUGUCUACACUGCGGCUGGCUCGCCAGGGGUUUUAUUAUUGUAGGGAGAAUGACGUCACAAUUUGCUUUGCUUGUGGCUGUAUGAAACGAGACUGGAGGUCUGACGAUGUCGUUGAGGUCGUUCGUCGUAACAUGUCUCCUGACUGUCCCCUUCUGUCGUCACAGCCGACCAGUAACACCCAAAUUGGUAAUGACCAAAGGAAUGGGCAUUGUAAAAACGAACUUGGGCAAACAAUUAACGCUAGUGGCAACGAUUUAUCUAGCAAUAACAGUAGACUACCAUCUUCUUUAACUUCAGACAGUGUUUUGUCUGGAAACAAAUUAACAAAAGAACCGAAUGCUGAUAGAAAAGACAAAAAAGCUGACGUACAAGCUCUCGCGUCACGGAAGAAGCCAAACAACGCUAGUUGCAACAAUUUUCCUAGCAGUAGCAAUAGACAUCAAUCCUUAUUAACUUCAGGAAGUAUUUCGUCUGGUAACACAAUCAAAAAAGAACCAAAUAUUGAUAAAAUAGACAAAAAAGGUAGCAGUAAAGCUCCUUCGUCAAAUAAAACUGCAAACGACCUGUUGACCAGGACAAAAAUACAACAGGAUAAGAUAAAUGCAUUCAUUCGGAACCUGGAUCCAUUAGGAAUAAACUUUGACCGUCCGAAAUACCCGUCGUACUUGGUGCUAGAUGUAAGGCUGAGUUCCUUUGCGGAUUGGCCAUCUAGUCUAUCACAGACCCCUAGAGAUUUGGCUGUAGCGGGGUUUCUGUAUGCAGGUUACACCCGCUGUUUCUUUUGUGGGGGAGGUUUACGUAACUGGGAGCCCGGAGACGAUCCAUGGACAGAACAUGCCCGAUGGUUUCCGAAGUGUGCCUUUGUGAGACAAAACAAAGGAGACGAAUUUGUUGCCUUAGCUCAUAUUCAGCAUCAAGAACUGGAAGCUAUUGGAGAACCGAACGAAAACCAGGCUAGAGACCAAGCAUCUGGACCCAUAACUUCAACCUCUGAACGUUCAUCAUUGCCAAAUAUAUGUAAUCUUCCAGCUUUUCAGGGUGUUUUAGAAAUGGGAUAUCCGUCUCAUGUUAUACAAGAAGCUCUUGACGUUCUUAAAAACACAAAAGAGUACAUAAACAUCAAGGCCGAAGAAGUAAUGGAGGUCAUACUCUCUGGAGACGACAAACCACCCUCGUCUGCUGCGAGAACGUUGGAUAGUGUCAAUAACAUUAUUACAAAGUCAUAUGAAGAUAUCAUAAAUGUUAAUAAGCAGCAAACAAACUCUUCAAUGUCAAUUACAAAAGAAUCUGAUGAAGCAGACACUCGCUCGUUGAUCGAGGAGAACAGACAACUGAAGGACCUCAGGAUGUGUAAGAUCUGUAUGGAGAAGGACGCCUCCAUCGCCAUGUUGCCGUGUGGACAUCUUUGUUGUUGUACGGACUGUGCUCCCGCCAUGCGGAAGUGUCCAAUAUGUCGGCAGUUCGUAAAGGGGACUGUCCGUGCUUGGCUAACAUGA